UCCGUUGGGCGAUAGUAGACUUUUUUUGGGUUUAAAUUAGUACCCAGUUUUCUUAAAUAUGAGGAGCCUAGACAUUUUAAGGAGUUAACAAAAAUGGAGAGCACUUUUCUUCACUGAUACAGAGUAGCUCAUAUUCGUCAGUUAUGGCGCAUCAGAUCCAGAUUCCAAUCAAGAUGAUUUCGAUUAUUGCUAAUUUGUUUGGGAUAGGAAGGUAUCACCGCGGUGUACCGUGUGAUGGAGGAACUCUUGAUAAUCAUCAAUCUGAAUUGAGUAGUGUUCUUAUACAACCUCAAAAUAAACGAAGAAAAGUUGAGGAAUUUCUUUGGUUUAAUACUGAGUAUGUUGAUAGAAUUAUUGGUUGGUUAAAGGAUAGUGAGAUUGAUACUAUUGGUGUUUAUGGGAUGGGUGGAGUUGGGAAGACCACCCUCGCAACUCAGCUCCAAACUCGGCUAUUGAAUCAUGUUGUUGCCUGGGUUUCUGUGGGGGUGGAUUUUACUGUAUAUAAGUUGCAACAAGAUAUUGCCGGGUCAUUCGGGCUUGAUCUUCAAGGGGAUAGGGAUGCGAUUAGAAGAGCAGCUAUGAUUAGUGAGUUUUUGUGUCGUAAUCAUAACUGUGUACUCUUCCUUGAUGAUUUAUGGGGUGAUUUCCGUAGAGAAGAUGUUGGAAUUCCCAGAAAAUGUAAGUUGAUUGUCAUUUCUCGGUUGCUGGAUGUGUGUCGUAAGCUUCGUUGCAAGAAGGUAGUUAAGGUUGAGCCACUUCAAGAGGAAGAGAGUUGGCAGUUGUUUAACCGUAGCAUAGGGUAUGGUGUUUUGAAUUCUGUAGAUGUGUGUCGUAUUAGGAAGCUCGUGUAUGAUAAGUGUGUAGGUCUCCCUCUUGCUAUCACUAGUUUAGCAACCAGUUUGAGGAAGAUGGUUGAUGAUGAUAAUCCUUCUAGUUGGAGGGAAGUUCUCGAGAAUUUUGAUCUUCUAUCUGCGAAACAACCUCACUUGGAAGAUACAUUUAGUCAGUUGAGGUUGUCAUACGAAAGGUUGAACAACAAACUCCAGCGUUGUUUCCUGUAUUCUGCAUUAUUCCCCAAAGGCUAUGCCAUCAGGAAAGAAGAGCUGAUUCGUGUUUGGAUUGGAAUGGAGCUGAUAGAUGACGUGCCAUCAUUGCAGGCACGGUAUAACAUGGGCCAUUCUAUAUUGAAUAAACUUGUUGACUCUUGUUUGCUGGAAACAUAUGAUAAUGAUAACAUAAUCAAGAUCAAUGAUCUUGUUAGGCAUAUGGCUCUUUCCAUUGCCGGAGAUAGUUACAUGGUAGAAGCUGGAAUACCUACAAAUUUUGAGUUCCGGGAAAAUCUCCGUGUUGUUUCCUUGGUGAAUUCUUCAAUACCAUCGAUCCCAUCAGGUGCUUCCCUUAUUAAGUGUCAUUGUCUCUCUACUUUACUUCUGCAACACAACUCCCUUGAGUUUAUCCCAGAGUCUUUUUUCUUGCACAUGCGUGGCCUUCGAGUUUUGAAUCUAUCUGAUACGAACUUAAUUAGACUGCCGAGUUCCAUUGAUGCCCUUGAAGAGCUUCGAGUCUUGGAUCUUAGUUUCUGUCAAAACUUGAAGCAAGUGACAUCAUUGUCAAAGCUUCUGAAAUUACAGUUUCUAAACCUCUCUCAGACUGGAAUUGGUCCAGCUCCUCGUUCUCUUGAAAACUUAAAAAGUCUCACAGAACUCAACCUCUCAUCUAUUCCCGAACCACAAAAAAUUCCUAGUGGUGUGUUGCCAGCCUUAUUCAGACUCAAAAGAUUAGCAUGCUAUGUUGUAGAAGCUGCUAUUCAUGAGCUGCAGAAUGUGAAUUCAUUAGAAGUUCUUGAUGCCAGAUUCUUAAACCUUUGUGACCUGAGCAGUUAUGUAAGGUCUCAGCAUUGGUGCAUAUUAGAGAGCUAUCAUCUACAGGUUGGUUUUGAGGUGAGAUCUGAGCAACCAUACAACAGAAGAGUAUCACUCUCCGGAUGUUCUUUGACUGGUCAAGAGGGAGACUACGUUGUGCUUCCAAGUAACAUCCAGGAGUUGUAUGUUGAUAAUUGCAGAGACUUUCGUUGCCUAUCUGAUGUCUUGCUUCCUGUUGCAUAUCGUCAUAGAAACUGCCAGAACGGUGCAAGUGUAGACAGUUGCAACGGAGAGCAAGCUGAAGUUUUUGCAGGGCUUGAAAUGUGCAUUAUCAGUAGAUGCCAGGAUGUUAAGACACUAUUUGCACCAAGUUGGGUGGAGGAGAAUCUCCAAUCCCUUGAAUUAUUACAAGUUGAAAAUUGUAGACAAGUGAAGGAGAUAAUUGCAGAGGAAGUUGUGGAAUGUGGUCAUUCUGAAGGAAAGGAUGCUGUCAUUAGCCUACCCCAACUUACGCGGCUAGUUCUGACUCUGUUGCCUCAAGUGCAUAGUGUCUAUAAAGGUCUGCUAGUUUGUUCUUCACUUCUGUGGUGUACUUUUAUGGACUGUCCAAAACUGAAGCGCCUUCCGUUCUCCAACAUGGAUCGUCUAGAAUGGAUUGAAGGUCAAGAAAAAUGGUGGGACUUGUUGGAAUGGGAUGAACCGGAAUCCAAAGCUUCGCUCAGACCCUUGUUUAGAUGCAAGUCUGUGGAUGGUGAUCGAUAACUGACUUGACCAUCUUGCUGUGCUGGAGCUUGCUAGCUAGCUGUUUCAGAGUCCGAGAUAAAACUUGUGUUAAAUGGUUCGCCUGCUUCCCUUCUCUUCCCCCAACCCCAACCCCAACCCCAACCUCACCCUCACCCUUGCAUUUCUUUUUUCAAAUAUACUUAGAAAAAUAAAGAACAGGUAGAAGCCCAUGGUUGGCUUCCCAAAUGUCAAUCCUUCCUAUUUCCUAAGAUCAAUUGUAGAGAUGGAUAACAUCAUCAAAUAUCGUAUUAAUCUUGUAUUAAUCUUGAUAACGGAUUCAUAUAUGUUUUUAUAUAAUAAAGAAUGAUUAUAA